AUGGAGUUGAUUUCCGACCUCCAACUCCUCUCCAGUUCCACGUCCCCAUCUUUUUCCUCGACGGAACUUCCCAGUCUUCGACAGGAAAGCGGUGCUCUGCACGAUCAGUCCUCCUAUCCCCUGCCCAGAUCGGAAGACAGGAGCGCCUCGCUGUCCUACGGUCGAAGUUCUGAGGACCAGGCCUAUUGGGAGAGUGGCUACCCAAAUUCAGACGGCAGUCAGCAAAUCAGCGGCUACGACCUCAGUUCUGCCAGUCGACCCAGUGCCUACACGUGGAUGGACAGCUCGGAGACCGGCGAGCAGACCGUAAAAAUCGCGGGCACAAUGACCACCAGCGUUACAAACUACAGUUCAGGACGUUAUGCAGACCAAGAGGAUCAACAGCGAUGCUGCUACAGUUCUGCAUACGAAGUCCCGAUGCCUCCUCUCGAGGACUCGCAAGAGGCAGCACAGAGUUCCACCGAUGUGGAGUCCUUCGUUCCCACGGGUAGUCUGACGAUGAACCUGCCAAGAAAUGAUAAUUAUCCCCCAAUUACCCAGUCCGCACUCCCUGGCCCCUUUACCUACACGGAUCCACGCCCACCUCCAAUCAGUUACAUCAUGCCAGUCAAGAGUCCGUUCUUUGACGAUGCUGGGGGGAGUUGGCAAUCAAGAGGACUGGAUCAAGGCCAGCAGCAGCAGAGCUGCCAGUCGUACGCCUGGUCGCCGGGUCCGAAUUCCCUGCGUUACGCCCUGGAGGGUGACGGGUCGGGGUAUCCACAAUGCCUCGGCGGGUUUGGUCAACCGCCGCCGCCGCCGCCGUCACAGUUUUACCCGCGAACGGGAUCCCUGCCGUCAGUUCGCGCAGACUACGUUGAGUCGGCCACAUCUCAAACACCGACAUCCUGGACACCGCCAACUUCCAUUGGUGAAAUAAGCGCCUACCUCAAGUCUACGCCGCGGAGAGACAGUUCAACCCCUGCCCAAUCGUUGCUGCCCUGGUUGGAGGUCAGCGAGAGGGCUGUCACGCAGGCUGCCUCACGCCCCACCAGGAAACGCGGACGCGGUGCGGGGGGAAUGGGCUCCGGAAUAAGCGGUAAGAAGACAAGCAUCAGCACUACCUCGCGGAAGAAGGUUCUACAGGAUCAGAGAGGGAUGGCCAUGUCACCGGAGUUGCACGCAGUUUUGGCGCAGAUGUUGCCGCCGGUGGGAGUAGAAGAUCCAGCCUACUGGUUCAGUCCUCGUCUGGGAAAGUUUCGGUCCAUUUGCGUGGGAGGUUCAGAUCUGAAUCAUGCAAAGGUCUUCGGUACACCGGCUAUUCACCUUGAACUGAAGGACUCCAAACUCUGGAACGACCUGAGUAGCUGUCAAGCAGAGAUGAUAACAACAAACAGCGGAAGGUGAGACCCCGGCCCCUUCAUAGUGUAUGUCUCGUAACGAGAUGGUCAGAUGUUAAUGCCCUAUGGUCUAUUUUCCCUUUGCCUGUAGACGAAUCUUUCCCACUCUCUCCGUGAACGUUAAGGGGCUUGAACCAAAUCGAAAGUACAUGUUCUUUAUGGACAUGGUCAUGUUAGAGCCACAUGUCCUCAAACAUCAGGCUGGAACUUGGAUGAUCAGUGGUCAGGCCGAGGUCUACCCUCCAUCAGAAGGCAAUGGUAAGAUGGCAUUUCAUCUAAGGACUAGUUAAUUUUUACCUAUAGUAGAGUCCACAAUGUGAACGAAUACUUUACUUCAGUAUUAAGAACUUGCCAAUAUUUCAUACUGCUUUUGCGGGUAUUCAGAGAAUGUAGCUUACUUACUCUGAGACGCCAAUAAAACAGGCACACGUGAUUGUAGAGAUAUCUUUGAGUCGAUUAACCAAGUACUUUCCAACUAGCGCCCCUGAUAUACUUGCAAGAGGAUUCACCACGAUGCGGAAGUCAUUGGACAGAGGCUGGAGUCAAUUUCAUGCGCGCGAAGAUAACCAACAGCAAGGACGCCGGUAGACAUCAAAAUAUGGCAAGUAAAAACGUGCAUUUUUGUACGGCUACUAGCGAAUUUUAAGUAGAUCAUAACUUUUAUUUUAACUACAGAUCUACGUGUACAGCAUGCAUCACUACAUGCCACGCUAUCACAUUGCAUGCGAGCUAACAAAGGAGGAAAUGGAGCGGACCAAAUCAAGCCACUUUAUUCACCGCUGCGGAUGGGAAUUGGUGGGAUCCUAUGUCAUCCCUGGAACACACUUUUAUUCUGUCACCGCCUAUCAGAAUCCCGAUGUGAUACGGGUAAAGAUUGACAACAAUCCUUUUGCUAAGGGAUUUCGAAAUCGGCAUGAUGAGUUUGACUUCAGUCAAUCCCCUGGGCACGGCUCUUGAGUACUGGUGUGUAACUUUGCAGAUAUCUUACCCCUAAACUUCAUUUUUAAAUACUGUAUAUAUUCUGACCAUGGUUCAUCCACAAUAAAAAAAAAUUUACGAAAAAUUUUUUUAUUUUGAUUUCUUUGCCAAAAUGACAGGAGGAAAAAUCUGGCCAGCGAGACGAGCGGAAGUUGGUGUAAAUGCAAGCUCUUGUUACGCUUACACUUCGGAUUAAUAAUAGAGUAAUCUCGUUAAGCAGUGCCUUUCUGUACUCUUGAUGCACGGAGAAAGUCGAGGUAAAUUUCAGAUAGCAACGAAAUCAAAGAUUUAAAAUUGGAUGUUCAAACAACGUUUGUCACACAUUCGAUGCCAACGACGAAGUUCACAUGUGAAUCCGGGGUUAUAACCAGGGUUACAACGCUGUUGCCGCGCCAUCAGAGGUGUUGGUCACUGUGGUCUGGAGAUUAUCACCUUUGGAAUCUGCAACUACAGGAGUUAUUUUCAAAAUUACGUCCAAAGGUUGCGUUAAUCCCACUGUCGCUUCCCCCCGCACCUCGCGACCAUGUUCACUGGUAUCAGACUCGCACCUUUAGGACCUGCACCGUUCAUACAGACUGCUAACCAGAUGCAGCUGCGUAGAAUGACCUGGCGAUGAUUCAGUUCCCAAAAAUGCAGAUUUUCGGUCUGUGAUCAAGAAAUGCUUGCCCGCAAAAGUGCAUUUACCGUCGCAUGAGGGAAGACGAUUAUAAGCCUUCCACUCGCCCGUUACCUCUAUACUGCCUUUGGCGACCCAUUUUUUUAAAUAACGGAACGGAGAGCGGGCCAACUUCGAUCAUUAACCUGUUAAAAUAAGGCUUUCCGUCGACUAGUAUCGUAUAUCUCGACCAGCCAUCACCCAUAAAACCCCUAUUACCAUCUGUACCGUAAGCCAGGCUGUUUUGGUUAGGCGGAUUUUUUGGGUGCCAUCUCCCGAUUGUUACCGUCGUAUGAUUACAGGCCGGGCGGCGACUAGAUCAAAACAGAAUUAGCAAAUGCAGCCACAAAAAUGCAAUUUGGGUAUCUAAAGAGGAUUGCCCCUCUGUAAAAUUUGUGUGGCGUAUUUAAUCACGAUGAAAUCCGUGGAGUUUCAGAAUGCUCCUGAUUUGCCGAGGAACACUUUACAGUCUUCGUUGUUCUAAAUCUGCUACGCAUGAAGAUAGGUGUUGUGCUAUAUGAUUAUCAGAAGUUUUAGAAUAAAAGAUUUCUUGAAAGCAUUUGCCAAAGUAGUGAUUUCUCGAACAUCCACUCUCACCAAGGUGGCCGUUUGGGCUAUAUUUGCAGACAUGUGACAUCAUCAGAGAGAAAAAUGAACGACCAUAAUGAAAGUCAACCGUCCGCUCGUUCCGAUCCAUGUUUUUUUGUCGCAUGCUGAAAGGUGCUCGCCGCAGGUCUGCGAUAACAACACGAAACCGUUUUCCAGCAGUUACCAGACCAUCUUAAUUCCAAAACUGUCCCUUUACGUUGCGUGAGCAUUCGUCGUAGCAAAGCCCGUCAGGUUGAGUCCCGAAGCUAAAAAUUUCUUCUCACUAAUGGCAAUUACUCCAGGCACCAUACUGACGACGCCGGAUACCUAACUAUGUGCCGACAUAUCACGGUUUCAUCAUGCAGCAGAGAAAACCGAAAAGAUAUAUGCCCGGUAACAGAGGUGAGAAUAAGUGGAGGCCAUGUUAUCUGUGCAUCGAUGAGUUCCCCAAAAUGCUUGAACAUAACUGAAGCAGAAAGGUUAAAACUGAUAAAACAAUUAUUCUUUGAUAUUUUGGCAGAUUUUGAAUAAUUCAUAUUGAACCAACUGUGAAAAACUCGGCGCCUCGGUGGGAUUCGAACCCACGCAGUAAGGGGAAGGCUUUAGCGCAGCCAGCGCUCUAAAACAAUUAUUCCUGCAUUAAUGAAGGGAUAUAAAACAACGCCGUUUGAAAAUAAGGGCAAACUCAAAAUAGCAAAAGAAAAACCAUUACAUGGCGGCUGAGUUGUUUUACGAUUUAUUAACUGACCUCUAGCAGACUUUAUUCUGUAAUUCCUUAAGGUCUGAUUAACAACGAUGAGCCUACGUAAAGUAAUUUGCCGCUGCAUGGAAAGUGGUCAUUUAAUAACAAGUUAAUUUUAUAGAGGCACAGAUCAGCAUGUCAGCGCGAUAUUUGCCAUCACUAAUGAUAACUUUAAAGUCGUAUCACCGUAAAAAAUCAAGUGCUAAGCCAAAUGCCCGCAAAGUUGAUUGGCCGAAGUUUUCGCUGGCGCAUAAGGCACCCGCGAGGGUUAAACCCCCACAGUUUCUCCCCCAAGCCUUCUCCACGUCCCGUCUGCCAGACGUGCCCUGCUCAUUUUGAUUUUCUCCUCUCGCACCUUUUUAAACUUUUCUGGAUUUAUGGCUUGUUUUUCUAUGUUACUUUUGCCAUCCUUUGUUUAAUUCGUUUCCCAUGCUCUUUUUAGAUCAUCCACUGCGUAACUUAUUAUGCUUUACCCUCCCCUUCCUAAUAUUUCGGGGAUUAUAACUCAGUUGCACCUGAAAAUCUUAUCUAAUCGCAUGAAUUGCUGCUUUGUUUUCUAUUAUCGAAUACCCUUUUGAAUUUUUUCGGCCAUGUAUCUGAUGGAUACACCUGCAUUCUGUACAUGCAUGUCCUGGCCUGAGAAGACCCCGCGUGGAUUAGCUAAUUAUAUGAUCUUCGCGUGCUUCUGGCUGACGUCUGAGAUUCAAUCCUUUCCCAACUUGCUCCUCUAUAUUCUUGUACACUCUUGCCUGACAAGGGCUGUCUCCUCUAUUUCGCCUUCAGUACCCUUCUUAUUUUGCCGUCGAGUAUGGACUCGAAGAAGCGGUGAAGUAAAAGAAAAACGGUAACAAUUGGGAGAUGGCACCUAAAAAUUUCCGUUACCGAUGAGAAUAUGCCGGAGGACUGCAUGAGUGUUCGUCCACAGGCUGAUGAAAGGAAUAAAAUAAGGGUAUUUUACUGAGGGCCGGAAAACUUUAAAAGCAUACAAUCCUAGACAGACGGUGUCAUCAGCUAAGCAAUUUCACAAAAUGGCAACUCUCGUAGGGGUCAGGUGCGGCGAUGUUUUCAAUCACGUCCUCUGUGUUUAUUGAACGUGCAGUUUUGAAAGCGAGGAUAUGAAGGCGCAGGGUCAUGAACAGCACAACGUAGAACGUUUCCUUUAGCCAACUGCAUUCCGCUUUCAAUCCCCUAUUUAAAAAAAGCAAUUAAGCAGGGAAUACGACCUGGAUCAACUUCAUAUUAUCUGCCUCUUCAAGUAAAUCCGACACCGCGCACAUUUUUGUUGCCAUAUAGUGAUGAGGUUAAACUUUAUCGUUCGAAAAGCCAUUUCUGAAAAAAGCUUCUUAUUAUUAUUUAUAUUUAUUCACGCAAUCCCGUGAGACAGGCUGCUCUGGUUGGACGGAUUUUUUCGGGUGCCAUCUCCCAAUUGUUACCAGAAAAACUAGUUGAAAGAUCGUAGAGAAGAAGCUCAGCUAGAGAGAUCUGUGAGAGGAUACGUAAAACAAAAUUCUGUGGUUGUCCGAUGGGUGGUCCGCAUUCGAGGUCCAGCAUAGGUACUUGUAGACCAAAGUUGGACUCUGCAGGUGAGCAUCCUUAUUGAUUUACUUCGACAGGCCAUGCUCAAUCCCCUGGUAUAAUGUACAAAACGCCUUCAGAUGAGGCAGAUUAUUUUUGCGAAGUUGCAGCAAUAGCAAAUACAGGGCACAAUCUACUUUCGUGUCAUGUGCCGCAUGUGUAGCCAACCUUUUCAUCACACGCGACGAAGCCCACAUCUAUCCAGCAGUAGUGAUUUGCGUGCAAACAUUUUCGCAGUGAGGCAGAUGUGUAGGUGUAUGCAAUGACCAAAGGCAUUGCUCCUAUCUCUACGUGAACUAUACCUCAAAGGGGGUACCCGGAGUUCAUAGCGAAAAGAACUCUCACGAGAACGAUGGCAAGCAGUCAGCGUAGUUUGGCACUCUCAUCUUCAGGAAACAAAAUACUUCUCAGCUGGUAACCCGCAGGCUAUGACUUUUAGCUCGCCCAUAUAGCUACCGUAGGGAGAUUAAAAUCCAACUAAGUCCGUAAAAGUCCUGUAAGAACGAUCGGUGAGUGCCCCCUCCACCAUUGUAUAUUACCGAUCGCAACCGACAAGACAACGAGCCCGUGGUCCAGUGGUCAGGGGCGUUGGAAUUCUAACUAACAGGUCGCGAGUUUGAGCUCCAGGUGUUUCACACCGCGGGGUUGGGUGUGACUGGCUGACGACGGCUAGUAAGCCAGAAAUGGCCAUUCCCGUCUCCCUUGUCUUUGCCGGUAAUAACAUUCUGCCUAUAUCCUGCGUCGCUGUGCGGCUGUUGGUUGGGCUCGAAGGAGAGCGCAUAAGGCACAACGGGUGCGAGUGGGCUCCGUAAGAACGAUCGGUGAGCGUCCCUCCACCAUUAGUCGACUUUACUGAUUCCUUCCUGUCUCAUGUCCAGGGGGCCUUCUGUACUCGGCUCGACUGGGUGGCUAGCGUGACAGAAGCCUGCGCUUGGCGCGUGUAAAAAUAGUCAAGGGCUCACGGAGAUUCGUGACAGCAGGGCCAACUUAUGCUGUACGUCGAUAUGUCUCCACUUACGAUUCAAAGCAGCAGCCGGGCAGUGCUGCGCUGAGCGAACAAACAAAAAAUCGGACAUAAACAUCUACUGAAAUUACACCAGUAGUGUCACUUACCUACACUACAAUUCAGACGAUGCUCUAAACGGCGGUUAUGGUAAUUUACUUUCAGGUCUGUACGUUUACGUGCUUAACCUACCUCGGCAUAAAAAACGCAAACGGUGCGGGGUUUUGUCUUGUGCGUUAGGUUAUAAAGUGCAGUGGUGGGGGGGGGGGGGAGUUGCGGUCCGGUUUUCUGAUUUGGUCCAGCGAGGAAGAAGGAGUUAAUUGCAAGGUUGGAAGUGGACUGGUUCGAAAGCCAAUUAAAUUGAUGCCUAUCUUAGUUUUGAAAAUAACCAUUCUUGCAUGUCAUUCUUCCAACAUCACUUCUCGUCUAUCAUGAAGUGCUCACACAUAAGGAGCCAUUUUUAACGUGCAACGAUGUCUACUGACUUGGUCUGAUUCCAGCCUGGAGUGCAACCGUCCAGUUUUGUCCAAGGAGUACACAUUUGGUCACCGCAUAGGCAGUCGCAUAGCCAAAAUUCAUCAGUAAUCAAGGGGAUCUACCGUCAUGGGCUUGCAGUAUAGAAAUAACGAAAAUUAAAAGCUAAAGUAAGCAGAGCUGAUACUGUAUCUUCCAUAGUUAAGACGGCAGUAGUUCGGGAUGUGUGUCACCGCGGAUUUCAACUGGUCAACGUAGUCAUAAAAAUAAAAUCAUGUUAUCACCUUCAAGAGCACAGGGUCUUCCUGUGGAAAUCACAUGUGGUCUAAGGGCCGUAUUUUCAGUUCCAGUCUGCAUGGUUGUAGACACUUCGAACCGGGGCUUAUUUCUUGCAGCGAAUGGCCUGAACACUUUCAUUAGAGGCUGCCUCGAGAGCAGCCGACUGGCCUGUUUUCUGUCAACAGAAGCAAACUUCAACAGCACAAAUGAUCGAUACGGUUCACCAGGAUAUAUAUUUGUAAACUCAAUGAACCUUCACGAAUGCGAACAAAUAUCUUCUAAAUUAUAAACAGUUGCAAAGUGACGAAUCGAUCAAUAAUGUGCAUUCAAACGUCGCCAUUUUCUAAAACCAAAGAAAAAAGUAGCACCGGGAGUGACCAUUUAAAUAAAAUUUAUCAAAAGAUUUAAUACCGGCAUAUAAUUUUCGCACGACACUUGAUCGCAUAACGAAAGACAGGUAAUACUUUAUUUCGGUGGGCAUCCCAUCACAGGCGCCGUUCGUUGCAGCAGAUUACAGACGUUCUUUCUACUGAACAGAAAUGUGGCCCGAUCACAUGAUGGCAGAUAGCGCAAUGGAGGGUUGGUGGUUUUCCAAAAGCAUACAGCAGCCGCAUAUGUGGCGCCAACCCCUCCUCAUCAAAAGCGAACUUCACCUUGUUUUCGGGAUUCUUUUAAAGAAUGAGCAACUGAUUGGACUGCUGAUAUGACCACCAAAAUCAAAGGCCUACUUCGUUGAGGGCAAAGCUGCAAAGGCCGCUUUUACUCCACUAGUCUGGUGAGCGUAGACAGAGAAGCUUCCUUCUGGCUUCCAACCGGCAGGCCUGACAAAAAUGUGAUAAUAUUUUAUCUCAAAAAGAAAUUAGGCUUGUACUUUGAGGACGAAAUUGCUAGUAGGCAGAGAGUAAGGAAUAAACACUUGCAAAUUCGACUUUACCCGAAAUAUCGGAUUAGGAAGCCCACGCAGGAGAGAUGACAAAAUUAAAGCAGCCGAAACACACGACUUCUGAUUUAAAUGUCUCGAGACUGAAAAGUGCAGAAGGUGCAUCAAGAACCUGAGAACUGUAAUCAAGUCAGAACAUGCCAUUUCAGUGUUUCUAUUUUUGUCGACAACGCGCCUGGACUACGGCAUCUUUUGCGCGAAAACUUCAAUUUGGGUUUUAAGAUUUGGUAGGAUCGUCCCUACGUCCAUUCCACAGUCAAGAUGAUGAUCUUGUCUCCUUCAACGCUCACGCUGAUGCCCCUCUUGAUCGCAUUUUGACCAACCACCUCUAGAUUUUUGUGUUGAAAUGUCGGAUUCAUAUAAUUCUACGAUAUUGCAUCUUCCAAAAGUUUAUUUCACCUCUAAAGGUGCACUACUGACUAAACCUGAGAGAAAGGUCUGCAACACGUCCACGCAAAACAUUCGCCUGCUUCAGGCUUGCAUAUCUUAUACUAUCCCCGCUUUCCUUAAACAACCGAAUGUUAAAUCAUGCUCUAGCCACCUAACAGUCUUUUUAGAUAAAAGUUUUGAUGACUGCUGUUUUUUGAUACUAGUUUGCUAUGCCCAGAUAACAUUUCUUCUCCCUAUAUGAAAUUCUAAAGAUGAAGAAGGAACUCUCCUACAAACAAGGCUUACGUGACAACCUUAAAGACGCUAUCAUCUUAAUAAAAAAGAGAUUUUCAGACUAAAUGACUUAUUUGUUGGUCAGCCUUCUAUCUCAUCUUCCUCCUAUACUUUUUCUCCUCCAUCUGCAGAAAUUUGGAAGAAUCUUAAGCGUCCCAAAGGUUAUCGCAGCUCACCGGUACACGUGGAUGCUGAUCUAGACUCUUUAAAGAAAAAUUUUAUCAAUGGUAGGGGGCGCUCAGUGAUCGUUCAUACGGAACUCACUCGUUCCGUGGUGACUUAAGGGCUCUCUCUCGAGCCCAACCAGCAGCCGAACAGCGGCGCAUGAUAUAUAGGCAGAAUAGCAUUACCGACAAUUUUAUCUUUAAUCACAAUGACUCCCAUCUUCCUUCAAGUGACCUUCCACCGUCACCAUGUGACUUACAACCCGUGUCUAUGGCAACAGUAAAGAAACAUCUUAAACAGGUUCGUGGGUCAACAGCUGCCGGACCCGAUGAUAUCUCACCUUCUAUCCUUAAAUCUUGUUGUUCUCAGAUAGUCCUAUCUUAACGCAUCUUAAUAGCAUGUCAUUCCUGGAGUUAGAGAUUCCUGACGCUUGGCGUACGGUGAGAAUCACUCCUAUCCCUAAAAUUCGCUAAUUUUGGUCCGAAAUCUUUUCGUCCAAUUGCCUGCUCUUCCGCACUAAUAAAGCUUGUUGAAAGAGUAGCCCUGGAUGUUAUAAAGCCAUCCUUUUCAAGCUUUUCCUAUUCUUUGCAAUUUAAAUAUAGGGCCAAGCGUAGUACCUUAGAUGCUGUUGCUCUUGUGGUCCACUCUGAUCUAAGAGAAUUAGAUAAGGGUUGCCGUGAGUAUGCAUGUGUUAUCUUGACUACUCCUCUGCCUUCAACACUUCCCGCGUCCUCUUCUCCUUACCACAAUAUCCGCGUGUAGUUGGAUCGUCUAUUGGCUUAGCGAUUAAUUUACUUUCCGCACUCAAUUUGCCCAAUGCGGCAAGCGGAUAUCUACGGCCCUUCCCAGUGACUGUGGGGUUCUUCAAGGUUCCAUUUUAUCCUCUCACCUUUUCUCCCUCCACACCGACUAUCUAAGAUCCCCUAACGGCUGUCUUUUGGUUAAGUAUGCUGACGAUGUGCUUGUUGGCAACCCUCGCAAAAAUCAGACACAUAUCCAGUCUCUGAAUGAUGGACUCGACCAUGUCACAGUAUAGUUGCAGGAAAAUGGCCAGCUAAUGAAAAAUAAAAAUCAGUUCAAUGUAUUUUCCGACUGCGGCCCUCUCCUAGUUCUGAAUCCUUGGACAUCCUUCCCAACGAGGUAUCCUCUGUCAGGUUCCUUGGCGUUACUUUGUCACCAAAUAUUUCACUUUCCUUCCACAUUGAGUUCCUAUUUACUAAAGUUUGUAACCUCUUUAUCACAUUCGUCGUUUAUGUUCCCAUCACACACCUGAAUCCCUAAUCUUGCGGUUCAUAGAUGUCUGUAUUCUUCUUCUGCUUAUUCUUUAUUGUCCUCUUAUAAUUUUUCCCGCUUUGCUCGAAAAAGAUCUGCUAAUUGUAAGAUGAGUCCUCCGAGUGCUCUCCUUUUGCUGCCGGUGUUUCUUAUGUAUUUUUAGUCGACAUUAUCCUGCAACGACAUUUCAAACCGGUCAAGCUAUUUGCUAGUCGAAUUCAGGAUAAAGUUGGCCAUCCUGAUCAUCUCUCUGCAAUGUCUUUUUACCCGAAGCGCCGUGGUUUUCGACUGAUCUCUUGCGUACAUCGGCGAAUCAACAUUCUGUAUUACCAUUCCUGGUAGGCAAUUUUACGUAUGAAGAGACAGAAAGAGGCUAAGACUCGAAUUGUCCCCAUAGUAGUCGUUUCGUUCUGCAUAAACGUUUUUGAUUCUUGAGUAAUUUGUUGGCUUAUAUUCUGUCCAUAGUGAAUGGAGCCUAUUUUUUGUUUGAAAUUUCGAAUUUAUAGUUUUAAAAGAAGGUGAAUUUCUCCCACUCUCUCGAAUGAUUGCCAUUCCCUGACAGCAGAGUUAAUAAAUGCGUUUCCAUUUAGCCCGAGUCUUUUCUGUCGCUUAUAAAUGGCGACUUUCCAGAAAGUGCGCAUUAUACUACCGAUUUUUGGCGAAGAUUGUAAGGCAAAAUAAGCAUUACGUUGACGCGUUGAUUUUCUAUGAUUUGUAAAAUGUAUAUUCGACGUCACCGCCAUUUAGAACAGUCCUGCACUAAGCAGGAGAAUGGACGUCAGAGCGACCUCUCAGUUUUUACAGUGAAAAGCAAAUUACCCAAGUACAUGAAAAGUUACAUAAAAAUUCUAACGUGUCCACACAAUACGUCUCCCUAUUUCUGCUCUACGGACUGUCAAAUUUCAAAACUACUACGUACAAACUAUUCUGUAAUUAUGCGUUCUUAAAAAAAGUCAGCGCGUAAUUGUGGUUACCUAGAGACUGAACGACUAAGAUUCAUACACGGUCGACGUCGAAACUCGUGAAUCUGAGUGAAAUCAUCAAACAUACUUUUAAGUAGCAAAAUUUUGUAAGGCGGGGUCGAAAUACUGACGACCUGUAUCCUCUUGAGUGAAAUCAUUUAAACUGGAAUCGCCACACAUUAACGAAAUUACAUGUGUAUUUUAUUUCCGAAGUUUAUGAAACGGGGAGCAAUUGUUUUUAGACGGAAUUAACGGGGUCGUUGUUGCAGUUCUUUUAUGGGACGUCUUAAUCCAAAAGCAUCUGUCUUAUAGGCGGUCUGCGAGUCAUUCGGUUUGACCAGGUGCUGGUGGAAUAUUGGCAAGUAUUUUUCGCCUAACUGUGAAGGAAACUAACCAACCGCGUUGCAGAGCAGAUUUAGUCUAAUCAGGCCAUAAUGUUUCGAGACAUUUUGGAUUUCACAACGUGGCUGACCCAGCUUCCAAAGAGUCCAAAAGAGCUAAGACUCUUGUUGACGUUCCAGGUUAAAUCUGCAGGGCAAAAUUUUAAAAAAAUAUCAAAACGAUCAGCUGUAAAAUAGCAAAAAAAUCACGUAGAGUUGAAUCAUUAAAUACGCAAUAACUUAGGUCAGAACCAUCUCAGCUCUCUAUCCGAAUACGCAUAUAUUAUAAUUGGAAAAGUUGAUAAUGGGAAAGUAAUAGAAAGGCAGUGGAGAAAGAUACUGGUGUUUUUUGCGGAGUGUAGUUUUUGAAGGUGGCCGGAAGAAGUUCCUUUAAAAGCCGGCACCCCAGAAUAAAUGAAAUAUCUUGGGAGUAUGCUGCAUGGUCAUUAAUAUCACAACCAAAUUUAAGUAGUCUGUUCUAUUCGAAAACGUCUUUCGGAAUUUCAGUUAACAGUUCAUAAUUUAGCGCAUCGGCUGUACUGGCACAAUGACUUACGACGAGCAUUCAAUGUCUACUGGACAAAUGAACAAACUCACCUCCUCAGUAACGAAUUUCUGAUACCGAGCGUUCAAGAGUAACUUUCAUAUACGGGCGUAUAAUUUCGAGUUGGAUUUUGAGAUGCUCUGUUCCUCACAGUCUACAUUUGAAUGACGGCGAUUGAUCAAGACAGCAGGCUGAAGACAUAAGACGGACGUCAAAAAGCACGCCCAAAUCAGCUACAUAAUCUCACUUUAUGGCCCACAGUAUCAUCGCCAUUUUUUCAUUUUUAGCACAGAGUGUUUAACCCGAGAUUAAGUCCUUCUUUUAAUCUUGAACAGAAACGAAUUUGAAAAUUUAUAACUAUGGACAAGAACUCACUGGACAAAUGUCCGAUGUACCUUGAUUAAAUUGGCGAUCUAAAUAUGGCGACGGGUCCUUGGACGGCACAAGAUUCGUUUUUCAAGAAACUUGGUGUAAAAUUAAAUCCUAUACGUAACAUGGUGUACUUUGGAAAAGAGAAAUUUCGGUUGCCCGCGUAAGCUAUAGUCAAAAGAAAAUUGAUAUUUACGUACUGUAUAUUCUGCUGAUUGUUAGUGCUUCUACAAUCACUAUGAAAAUCAAAAUAUGGUCACAAAAUUUCAUUUUUUAAGGCUCUCUUUAAGGUUUGCAUAUAUUUUUACCCGAUGGAAGUAAAUACUUCAUUUUCAAAAGGCCCGUUGAUUUAUGGAUAUAUAAAGCUUUAUCUUGCUGUUUUUUGAGUUUUUGAGACUGCAUGUCGUUUGUUUUUCAGAAAGGGGAUUUUUAUGUCCUUUCAUCCGUCUGCCAAUAAAUCAUCACUUUCGAAUAGCACGAAAUAACUUGGCUGAAGAUAAUGACGAUGUGCGUUCCACCUAUUGGCAUAAACUACCAGGCUAACAUGAAGGGCUUUUUUUCCAAGUCGAACUGUCUUCCCUGAAGAGAACAAACCCUCGUAGUAAAAGGACUUGAACAAAGAGCGUGAUUACGGUGCAAACCAUCAUUAAAUCAAUAAAAUACGCCAGGGGAAUUUUAGCUAGUGUGUCUUUUGAGUGCGCUUUUCACAAAAGCGACGAAACCACAAAACACAUCCUCAUUAGGUACAGAAUCGCAGUUGCCGCAGCUAAUUUUAACAAGUUUAUAUAUGCACUUUUAAAAGACGCACGGAUUUCCAUUCAAAGCCAAAAUAUGCAGGUGACACAUUGCACAAGCGUUUUUGACCACAAAGAGUUUGCAUGGAGGAAAGAAUUCUCAGAAAUAAGACAGCAUUCUUUUGUGGAGGUACUGUUCUGACGUGACGUCCUGUGCUAAAUAUUGAUGCAGACGCAGUCAAACAAUAUUUUCUACAUGAAACCACAUUUAAGUAUUUUUUACAGCACUGUGAAUUUCGCGUCUACAGAAGAGAUGGAUAACUUUUAACGGUUUAGUGAUAAUGGUGAAGGUACGCUCAUAGACUAUUCUUACGGAAGUUACACGUUCCGUUGUGCCUUACGGGCUUUCUCUCGAGCCCAACCAGCAGCCACACGGUGGCGCAUGAUAUAGGCAGGAUGGCAUUAAUGACAAAGACAAGGGAGACUGGAAUGGCCGUUUCUGGCUUAUUAGCCGUCGUCAGCCAGUCAUACGUGACUCCGAGGUGUGGAACACCUGGGGCUUGAGCUCGCGACCUGUUGGUUAAAAAUUUCAACGCCUCGAACCACUGAGUCACGGGCUCGGCGUCUUGUCGUUUUAGAUCGGGAAUAUACAAUGGCGGAGGGGCGCUCACCGAUCGUUCUUACGGAUUUGUUAAAGUCCAGGCCGUCUGAGUAGGCUAAUUGGAUUAUCCAUAUCAUCUAGUGUCGGGAACGACUAUCAAAAUAUCCAUUCAGAAGUGUUACCUGCAAGGAAACGGGCCGGCUAGAAUGGCACAUCUGGUUUGUUGUCAUCAGCUACUGUUACAAUAACCUCAAGUAUUGACGAGUCUGAUGUUCAUCAACCAAAAAGCGAAGCGAGAACUCAACGUCUUCAAUCAAAAGGGCACAACUAUCCCAUCGAGAGACGAUGAACGCAGGUCAUCAAUCGAUAAGGAGCGCGGAAUGACCACUUCAUUUUGCGAUUCCGACUUCAGAUAUCUCAGUCAGAAUACGAAUCGGUUAUCUUUUCUUCAAAUUAAGAACCUUAUGCAAGGCGACAAGUUUACGAAAUAAAGAAAAGACUUUUGACCCGUUCUUCGACGGAAAUAAACAAGCCAACAUGUGAGUAACGAUAAAGCGCUUCUGAAGUUGAGUUGCACUCGUGAAUCUAAAGUUGGUGACGCCGACCCGUUGGCAGACGAAAUGAAUAGAGGGGACAGUGAGAUCGGCAGACGAGGUAGGCUGGCGCGACAGGACAGACAACGACAAAACAGAUAGCUGAUGCGUGGGAGGGGUGGGCAACGAGUUAUGGCAAACUUCGGGGCGGGGGGAGGGGAGGGAGAACCGUUAGGGCUCCCUGCGUUGAGGUGAAGAUAAAGCGGGGGAAUUGCGAAUCAAUGGGAAUGUGGGUGGCUGGUCAUUGAUGCGGGAUGAGGUCAGAGGUCAGUGUGUCAGCGUUGAGGUGUUGGGAGUUUUGGUUUUUGUUCAAUGUGUCGCAAGGGGGGAGCUGGCGAGACAGCAAAUUCUGCGUGUCCAGAGACAACCACCAAGCCCCCGACUGUCCUGGAGAUACAGCGCUGCGGAAAUUCUAUUCACUAGUGUACAUUCAGGGAGCAUCUGGAACAAACCCCAACAAAUAAAACACAUGGCACCUCCAUCGCUCACAAGCCCGCAUUUUCUCUACACGCAUUCUUGCGUCUAGUUAAGGCCCAGGUGCUAGAAGAAUAGUUAACUAAUGUCAUCUACCGCACUCCGUGCGCUAACUGCCCUUGUGUUUAUACUGGCCAUACAGGCCGAUGUCUUGGGACUCGCAUUAAUGAGUAAAACUCGGCCCUCCGUCGACGUGACCCUCUGUCUCUCGUAUUUGCGCACGCCUCCAAGUAUGACCACCGCUUUAAUUGGGACGGUCCUGAAGUGAUCUCAAUGACUAACACCAGAGAGGUGCGAGAAUUCCUCGAAGCUUGGUAUUCGGGCACGACCAGCAUCAAUCGCAGCGUCGAUCUAGACGCUCACUGCGAGGGUCUACGUACACGAUCAGUGCCUUGUUCAUACACCCUAACAACCGCUAGCCCCAAUCGGCCACAUACAUUAGAUGGGCUAACUCAUGAAAUGCCAAUCGAAAUUCGGAAAUGCGCUUUCGUUUCGAAAAGAUUAAUUAAGUAGGGUUGUAAAACCAAUCAUCAUGCAACAUACUUCUAUAAUAAUCCAGUUACCUCGGAAUGCCGGCUUUCGAACGAAUUUCUUUUCGGCUGCAUGUAGGAGCUACACUCUGCAAAAAAUGACUACUUAUGGAGCAUACAUUUUUCUUAUCAAUUUUCGAUGACCUUAAGCAAUCAAUUAUAUUUAAUGGAAAACAUGCAUAAAAAUAUUAAUUCCUUUUCUCAUUCGGCAGACAAUUACGUCUUCUUGAAGAAGGAGACACGAUCGCCAGGACAAGAGCUUUAUUAACCUGACGUUUCGGAUUCCUACUCGAAUCCAUCAUCAGAGACAAAAAAGCAGAAACGGGUGGUUGCUGCACAAGCGGCUACGGUAUUUAUAGGAUGCAGUAGCCAUGCUACCGCAUACCUAUAAACUUUCACGGCUCCCCCCUUCAUCCGAGAUCGUCGCACGUGGUGUGAUCACUGCUUGAUUGCCGAAAUUCGAGUCGAUAAUUGCUGCAAUUUCAUCACGUGCGUUGGAUGUUGGCGUGAUGAUUGCUCGACCAUCUGGCGCACCGACCCCGGUGUUGGGAAAAGCGUUCACGUCUGCGCUCCACGCAUGGCUUGUUACUCCGCCUGGGCGAAGUUUUAGCACGCAGUAUGGAGUGGGAAGAUCGUUGCACUUGUUGAUGGACUGGGGGCAAGUAAACCAUGAUUCCAGUAGCUCCCGGCUCACGCGGUUGUCACCCCUUGCGAGAAUUUCGGCCUCAUCGAAUUUGAAUGUGUGGCAGGAUCUCGUCGAAUGAGCCGUAACUUGAGAGCUGGCGUCAUUUCUGCGCACCGCUGCCGCGUGUUCGGCCAUUCUCGUUCGGAGCUGUCUUCCGGUUUCUCCGAUGUAGUUGCUAUGUCCGCAACUGCACCAGAUCCGAUAAACGACUCCAGACGUUUCUACCCGUGGCAGUGGGUCUUUCGGUUUCAUGAUCAGGCGCCUGAUGGUUGCCUCCGGUCUGUGUGCCACUCCAACCCCAAGUGGUGCGAGAAGGCGGCCGACAGCUUCCGAAACGUUCUCUACAUACGGAAGUGCCCGCCAAGAUUUGGUGUCCGUGCGGUUAGGCCUUUCGUCCCUUUUGCGUAUGCACCGGUCGACGAAGUUGCGCGGGUAGCCAUUGGCUUUGAAGACCCGUCGGAGGUAUUGUAGUUCGGCAAUUUUGUCUUCCGGCUCACUGCAGUGCGUGUCGACAAGCCGAUAGAGCGUCCUUACACAACUGCGUUUGUGGCUGAUUGAGUGGUUACUGUUGAAGUUCAGUACUUGCAUCGUAUUUGUCGCUUUCCUGAACACUUUGGUUUUUAGUUCACAGCAAUCUUUGCGGCAUACAAGGACAUCCAGGAAGGCCAGCUGGUUGUUCUCUUCCUCCUCCAUCGUAAAUUGAAUGUGCGGGAAGACGACGUUGAGAUGUUCUUGGAAUGUCAACACCUGAUCCCAUUCGAUUACGACGAAGGUGUCAUCCACAUACCGGGCCCCGAAUUUCGGUCUGUGGUGUUGGAAGACCAGCGAUUCUAACCGUUGCAGGACCGCCGCGGCGAUGAAUCCCGAAAUCGGCGAACCCAUUGAUGUGACCUUCACCUGUUCAUAG